AUGUUCCCAUACUCAUGGUUCUCAUCAGCUGUCAAUGUGUCUUUUAUCCCAAUCCAUCUUCUUGGAAUCUUGUACGUGUUCAUUGCUUUCAACUUCAGACCAUCUCAUAAUUCAGAUCGGUCAUAUCUGAAAGAAUGGUACUACUUCAAUUGCAUUUUCCAGUUGGUACUUGGUCUUUUGAUGAUUCCUGAGAUUUUGAUUAGUUUAUUCAGCGGAUGGCAUUAUUCUGUUUGCCAAGCAGGAUCUCUAUAUACUGGAUUCUUAUCUGGAACGGUUGUCUUCAUCUGGACGAUAACCAAAAUCGUUGAUCUUUUCGAAACGUUGCUUCUUCUUUAUGAUGCUCGCCGCCCACUCACAAUCCACAUUAUCCAUCAUUUCUUAUCUCUCUCCUAUGCCUUUACCUUCUAUUCUCAAAACUUUGCAAUUCAUCGCUGGAUUGUUUUCUUCAAUUUGACAGCUCACGUCUUUCUCUAUGCCUAUUUGUCUGGAUACAAGAUUCUGAAUAGAUGGACGCCUUGUUGGGUAGCUGUAUGUUCAUCCCAAAUGCUUCAACUCAUUCUUCCAUUCAUUGCAACACUAUUCGCAGCUGCAAAAAUGACACGAGGAACCCAAUGUGAUGCGAACGCCCUUGGAAUCUUCACCUUACAAAUCGGGCUCUCAGUCAUGAUUCUCCUGUUUGCUGAUUUCUACUGGUCACGUCUUCAGGAGUUCAGAAGGAAAAACAUGAAAAAAUUGGAAAAGGAACAGAAGGAGGACACUGACAGUUCAAAAGAGCAGACGAGACAGGAAUCGAUGUCCAAGAAACGAUCGUCUGAUGAGACAGCUAUUUUUGAAAAUGAUUUCCCUGAAUUGAGAUCAGUUGUAUUCUCCCCAUGA